AUGCACUAAAAUUCUGGCUUGACUUAUCAUAAUGUUGAUUCUUAUAUAGAAACAGAAGGGUUUUUUUGUUUUGAAUAAUAUACAAGACUUGAUUUAAAGAAAAAAAAUUGGGAGGAAAGUUUAAAUAGUUUGACAGAUGAUUUAAUAGCACUUAAAAGUGAAUAUGUAGAUUUAGAAAAUCUUGAAAUAUUUAUAUCAUUAUUAGAGUUUUUAGAAAAGAAUAUUUAGGAAUCAGUAGUUGGUUCGCCUUAUUAUUAAUUAAGAUAAGGUAUGAACUAGACUUCAAUAAAUAAUUAUAUAAAUGAUAUGCUAGAAAACAUAGAAAAGAGUCUAAAAGCUGAAUCAGAUGAUUAUAAAGCUAUAGAUUAUCCAGGAUUGCUGAAAUUGGAGGAUAUACUUAACUUUUUAAAGGAAUCCAAAUUCAUAAAAUCUUACACUUAGAAAGUAGAUUAAUUACUUCAAAUGUAGAAGGAAAAAAAAUAGUAUUCCAUUAAAAAGAAAAAAUGA